CCGGGUGAGCCAGCUCUUACUCCUCUGCCUCAGUUUCGCAUCCACAAAAGGGGCGAUUGGCCCCCGCGUCCCCUGGGGCUGUCUCUGGGUCCCGUCUGCAAAGGUCUCUGAGCCCCAGGAGGCCUUAGGGCAGCGGGCGUGCCUGCCCCCGCCCGUCCCGCGCCCGUACCGGGUCGGGCGGCUAGAAUCCACGUGAUUUCCCGGCAGCGGCCGCCGGCUCCAGCCCAAGCCGGGCAGCUCUCUGCGCCUACUUUCAGUUUCAUGCGGAGCGCGGCGGAGCCGGGAGCGCAGCUGGGGCCUCCCCAGUCGAAACACUCUUCAAAUCCAGCUCAGGACACAGGACGUGGCCGAGGCACCCAUGAGUCCCGCUCCACGGACACCAUAGAACAUCUAUGAUGAACCAGGAAGCCAAGGCCAGCUCCUCAUGGACCCCAUUAGCCUCCAGCUGGACACCAAGAACCUGUGGAGCUGUCUCGUGAGGCUGCUCAGCAAAGACCCAGAAUGGCUGAAUGCCAAGGUGAAGUUCUUCCUCCCCAACAUGGACCUGGGCUCCGGGAACGAGGCCCUGGACCCCACACAGAGGGUCAUCCUACAGCUCAAGGAACUGUACACCCAAGGCCCGGCCACCUGGGAGACGUUCAUCCACUGUGUGUGCAUGGAGCUGGAGGUGCCGCUGGAGCUGGAGGUGCCGCUGCUGAGCACUUGGGGCCACGGAGACGGGUUCCCCAGUCAGCUGGAAGAUGAUGAGGACAGCCAACCCGAAUCUCAGCUCCACCAUGGCGUCAAGCGGCCUCUUCAGAGCUGUGGGUCCUCACCCCGCCCAAAGCAGUCCAGGAAGCAGCAGCUAGAGCUGGCCAAGAGGUACCUGAAGCUGUUGAGGACGUCUGCCCAGCAGCGCUAUAGCGGCAGGAUCCCGGGGCCAGGGCAGCCCCUUGCCUUCCAGCAGGCCUACAUCCCCCCAAUCCUGCAGUGGCACCGAGCCACAGCGCCCUUCAACACUCAGGAGGGGGCCCUUAUGGGGGACCCCAAGACAGAAGAUGGCACCGACGUGAGCAUCCGGGACCUCUUCAACACCAGGGCUGACAAGGGUCCCAGGGUGAGGGUACUCCUGGGGAAGGCGGGCAUGGGCAAGACCACACUGGCCCACUGGCUCCACCAGAAGUGGGCUGACGGCCAGCUGGACCGCUUCCAGGCCUUGUUCCUUUUUGAGUUCCGCCAGCUCAACCUCAUCACCAGUGUCCUGACGCUGCCCCAGCUCCUUUUUGAUCUGUACCUCAGCCCCGAGGCGGGCCCCGAGGCUGUCUUCCAGUACCUGGAGGAGAAUGCUGAUGGAGUCCUGCUGAUCUUCGAUGGGCUGGACGAGGCCCUCCAACCCUGUUCCAGCAGGGAGACUGCAGACUCUGAGGCCCUAGGCCCAGCCCUCGCCCUCUUCUCCAACCUCUGCCGUGGGACCCUCCUGCCUGGCUGCUGGGUAAUGGCCACCUCCCGUCCAGGGAAGCUGCCCGCCUGCCUGCCCACGGAGGCAGCCACAGUCCACAUGUGGGGCUUUGACGGGCCACGGGUGGAAGAGUACGUGGGCCGCUUCUUCAGCGACCGGCCAUCGCAGGAGGCAGCGCUGGCAGAGCUGCGGGCAGAUGGACAUCUGCGGAGCUUGUGUGCGGUGCCUGCGCUGUGCCGUGUCGCCUGCAUCUGCCUCCACCACCUGCUCCCGGGCAGCUCCCCAGGCCAGUCUGCAGCCCUCCUGCCCACUGUGACUCAGACCUACGUGCAGAUGGUGCACGCCCUCGGCCCCCAUGUGUACCUGUCUGGCAAGUCCCUGAUGGGCCUCUGUGAGGUGGCGCUGAGGGGCCUGGAGACUGGGAAGGUUAUCUUCUCUGCAGGAGACAUCCCUCCACCCACGAUGGCCUUUGGGGCUGCCCUCGGCCUGCUGACCUCCUUCUGCAUCUGCACAGGCCCUGGGCACCAGGAGACAGGCUAUGCCUUCCUCCAUCUCAGCCUGCAGGAGUUUUUUGCUGCCCUGCACCUGAUGGCCAGCCCUGAGGUGGACAAAGACGCACUCACCCGCCACAUCACCCUCAAUUCUCGCUGGGUGUUGCGGACCAAAGCUAGACUGGGCCUCUUAGACCAUCUUCCCAGCUUCCUGGCGGGUCUGGCAUCCAGUGCCUGCCGUCGCUUCCUCAGCCACCUGGCACAGCAGGAUGAGGCGUGGGUAGGCACCAAGCAGGCUGCAGUCGUGCAGGCAUUGAGGAAGUUGGCCACCCGCAGGCUCACGGGGCCAAAGGUUGUAGAGCUGUGUCACUGUGUGAGUGAGACACAGGAGCCUGAGCUGGCCGGCCUCAUGGCCCGAAGUCUCCCGUGUCAACUGCCCUUCCACAAUUUCCCGCUGACCCACGCCGACCUGGCUGCCCUGACCAACAUCCUGGGGCACAGAAAUGCUCCCAUCCACCUAAAUUUUGAGGGCUGCCCCCUGGAGCCCUGCUGCCCUGAGGCUCUGGCAGGCUGUGGGCAGGUAGAGAAUCUCAGCUUUAAGAGCAGGAAGUGUGGGGACGCCUUUGCAGAAGCCCUCUCCAGGAGCCUGCCAACAAUGGAGAGCCUGAAGAACCUGGGGUUAGCAGGAAGUAAGAUCACUGCCCGAGGCAUCAGCCACCUGGUGAAGGCUUUGCCCCUCUGUCCACAGCUGGAAGAGGUCAGCUUUCAGGACAACCAGCUCAAGGACCGAGACGUGCUGAACAUCGUGAAGAUACUCCCUUGCCUGCCGCGGCUCCGGAAGCUUGACCUGAGCCGCAACAAUGUCUCUGUGUGGACCCUACUCCGCUUGACAGAGGUGGCAGUCAUGUGCCCUACCGUCAGGACGCUACAGGUCGGGAAGGCAGAGCUCAUCUUUCUUCUCUCCUCGCCCACAGAGACAGCUGCAGAGCUACCAGGAGCCGCAGAGCUGCAGGAAAGUGCUGGUCAGAGGAAAGAGGCUCCGAGCAGAAGCCUGGCACUCAGGCUCCAGGAGUGUCAGCUCGGGGUCCAUGAGGUGGAGAUGCUCAUAGCCCAGCUCCAGAAAUGCCCCCACCUGGAUGAAGUGGACCUCUCAGGGAACCAGCUAGAAGACGAAGGCUGUCGGCUGAUGGCAGAGGCUGCACCCCAGCUGCGCAUCACCGGGAAGCUGGACCUCAGUGACAAUGGGCUCUCUGUGGAUGGGCUGCACCGUGUGCUGAGUGCGGUGAGCACGUGCCGGACCCUGGCAGAGCUACACAUCAGCCUCCUGCGCAAAACUGUGGUCCUCGCGUUUGCCUCAGAGCCGGAGGAGCAGGCGGGGAUGCACAAGAGUGCUGUGUUUCUUGACAGCCUCGUGCCCCAGACGCCCUCUGAGCUGCCCCUGCGCUCCCAAAAGAUCAGCCUGACACACUGUGGCUUGCAAGCCAGGCACCUAGAGCUGCUCUGCAAGGCGCUGGGAGGAAGCUGCCACCUGAGUCACCUCGACUUAUCAGGCAACACCCUAGGGGAGGAAGGUGCGGCCCAGCUGGCUCAGCUGCUCCCGGGGCUGGGCCCUCUGCAGUCCUUGAACCUCAAUGAGAACGGCUUGUCCCUGGACGCUGUGUUCGGUUUGGCCCAAUGCUUCUCUACUCUGCAGUGGGUUCUCCAGCUGGACAUCAGCUUUGAGAGCCAACGCGUCAUCCUGAGAGGUGACAGAAGAGGCAGGGACCUGUCGGCUGGGGGAUCUUUGCCAGAAUUCCUGGCUGGAGCCCGUUUCUCGGGGUCCGGUCAGCACUGCAUCCCCAGGAGCUUCUGCCUCAGGGAGUGUCAGCUGGAGCCCCUGAGCCUCCUCCGCCUCUGUGAGACUCUAGAGAAGUGCCCGGGGCCUCUGGAAGUCACGUUGUCCUGCGAGGUCCUGAGUGACCAGAGCCUGGAGACCCUGCUGCACCACUUGUCCCGGCUCCCCCAGCUGAGCCUGCUGCAGCUGAGCCAGACGGGACUGCCCCCAAGGAGCCCCCUCAUGCUGGCCGCCCUCUUCAGCCUGUGCCCACGGGUCCAGAAGGUGGACCUCAGGUCCCUGCAUCACGCGACCCUGCACUUCAGGUCUAGCGAGGAGCAGGCCGGCAGAUGCUGCGGCAGGUUCACGGGCUGCGGCCUCAGCCAGGAGCACGUGGAGCCACUGUGCUGGUUACUGAGCAAGUGUGAAGACCUCAGCCAGCUGGACCUCUCAGCAAACCUGCUGGGUGAUGACGGGCUCAGGUGCCUCCUGGAACAUCUGCCUCGGGUGCCCAUCUCCGGUUCACUUGAUCUGAGUCACAACAGCAUCUCUCAGGAAAGUGCCCUGUGCCUGGUGGAGAUGCUCCCCUCCUGCCCGGGUGUCCAGGAGGCCUCGGUGAACCUGGGCUCCGAGCAGAGCUUCUGGAUUCACUUCUCCCGACAGGAAGAGGCUGGGAAGACACUGAGGCUGAGCGAGUGCAGCUUCGGGCCAGAGCACGUGCCCCGACUGGCCACCGGCCUGAGCCAGGCCCCGCAGCUGACAGAGCUCACGCUGACCCAGUGCUGCCUGGGCCUGGAGCAGCUGACCGUCCUCCUGAGUCUGGUGAGGUGGCCGAAGGGGCUGCUGAGUCUCAGAGUGGAGGAGCCGUGGGUGGGCAGAGCCGGGGUGCUCGCCCUGCUGGAAGCCUGCACCCAAGCCUCAGGCAACGUCACCAAAAUAAGCAUCUCCGAGACCCAGCAGCAGCUCUGUAUCCAGCUGGAAUUUCCCCAUCAGGAGAACUCGGAGGCUGUGGCCCUCAGGUUGGCUCACUGUGAUCUUGGGAGCCACCACAGCCUUCUUGUCAGCCAGCUGAUGGAGACGUGCGCCAGGCUGCGGCAGCUCAGCUUGUCCCAGGUGAACCUCUGCGACGACGCCAGCUCCCUGCUGCUGCGAAGCCUCCUGCUGUCCCUGUCUGCACUGAAGAAAUUCCGGCUGACCUCCAGCUGUGUGAGCUCCGAGGGCCUGGCCCACCUAACGUCUGGUCUGAGCCAUUGCCACCACCUGGAGGAGCUGGACUUGUCUAACAACCAGUUUGGUGAGGAGGACACCAGGGUGCUGCUGGGGGCCCUUGAGGGCAAGCAGUGGCUGAAGAGGCUGGACCUCAGCCACCUCCCGCUGGGCGGCUCCACCCUGGCCGUGCUCACUCAAGGACUAAGCCACAUGACCCUCCUGCAGAGCCUCCGUCUGAGCAGGAACGGCAUUGGUGACAUUGGCUGCUGCCACCUUUCCAAGGCCCUCAGAGCUGCCACCAGCUUGGAGGAGCUGGGCUUGAGCCACAACCAGAUUGGAGACACCGGUGCCCAGCACUUAGCUGCCGUCCUGCCGGGGCUGCCUGAGCUCAGGAAGAUCGACCUCUCAGCGAAUGGCAUCGGCCCGGCUGGGGGAAUGCGGUUGGUGGAGUCUCUGGCCCUUUGCCGGCACCUGGAGGAUCUGAUCCUCGGCUGCAAUGCCCUGGGGGACCCCACAGCCCUGGGGCUGGCCCGGGCACUGCCCCGGCACCUGAGGGUCCUGCGCCUGCCCUCCAGCCGUCUGGGCCUAGAGGGGGUGCGGAGCCUGGGCCAGGCCCUGGAUGGAUGCCUGCACGUGGAAGAGAUCAGCCUGGCAGAGAACAGCCUGGCCGGAGGGGUCCCGUAUUUCUGCCAUGGGCUCCCGCUGCUCAGGCAAAUCGACUUGGUUUCGUGUGAGAUUGACAACCAGACCACCAAGCCCCUGGCUGCCAACUUCGUGCUCUGCCCGGCCCUGGAAGAAAUCUUGCUGUCCUGGAAUCUGCUCGGGGACGAGGCGGCUGCCGAGCUGGCCGGGGUCCUGCCGCGGAUGGGCCGGCUGAAGAGAGUGGACUUGGAGAAGAAUCGGAUCACAUCUCGUGGAGCCUGGCUCCUGGUGGAAGGGCUGGCCCAGGGGUCUAGCGUCCAAGUCAUCCGCCUCUGGAAUAACCCCAUCCCGCCCAGCAUGGCCCAGCGUCUGCAGAGCCAGGAGCCCCGGCUGGACUUCGCUUUCUUCCACAACCGGCCACAGGCCCCUCGGGGUACUUGAUGGCCCCUCACUGCCCUUCAGAUCCAAGUGAUGCCAACGUCCAUCCGCCCACCAGGACGGAGGACUCAGAGAAGAUCCUCGGCUGGGAGUCCCUGCAUGCUGCCCCGGGAGGGAGCAGCACGUCUGUCCUGCUGCAGUCUUCAGGGAGGACUUUCUUUGGGGACCAGAAGACUCGUAUGGCCAAUGGACUACUCUGCAUCACAUGUGACAUGCAUGACCAGUUGGGGACAUGUGGCACAGCGAGGGUGUCAUGAUGUGAUGCAUGACGCAGAAGGUCACAUGUGGCAGAGUGGACUGUGGGUCAAUGGUGUGGGUCCUAGCUCCACACGUGGCAGGACACGUGAUUGGUGAUUCAUAUAUGACAUGUGACAAAUGUCCAUGUCAUAUGACACGGGGCUGGCCAGAUGCCCUCAGCUGGUCCAAGAUCUAAUUUAUUACUUUUUUAAACCCAAGUUUGUAUUUAUAGAUCGCAUUCCAGAGCAGCUCAGCCAAAGACUGUCUUCCGCCCAGAACUGGGAUGGGGAGAGUGUCCAAGCACUGACUGGCCCAGUGGCCUGAGGACCAGGCUCUGGGCCAACUUGAAGACUAAGCCAUGAGGCUUUUGGAUGCAUCUCCUCCUGCCUCAAACCUCAGUCUUCCCACCUGUAAACUGCAUGACCCCCGCCCCCCUUAAAUGGCUUCCAAGGACUUGGGGCCCAGGUCCAGGUAGAGCUAGUCUGCCCUUGGGAGUGGACGGGCCCAGUCUGUCCUGUGUAAGGGACAAAGCCGAGUCUAACGGGGCGGGGGUGGGGGGAUGGGGGUGCACUGCCAAGAUAGUCAGGCAAGGCCACUGGGCCCAGCCACUACCUCAGCGAGAGCCGGGGGAGCUCCCGCGGCUGCACGUGUUACGGUGUUCUCGUUAGUUCCAAGAGGGCCCAGAUGGCCCUGCUACACCGCAAGCCAAGUUUGACCAAUAAAUGUGGAUGAUCUCCGA